GCAGGGCCGCGGUACCGCGGGGCAGCGGCGGGCGGCCCCGGCAGCGCGGCUUGGGCGGGCGGCGGGACAUCGCCGUCCCCUCACGGCGCCGUGUGUUCUCUCCGCAGGGAGCUCGGCUCGCCCUUCGCCGCUCGGCAGGCCCGGAGGUGCCCGGGGCCGCAGGGUUUCCUCAGUAGGAGAACAGAAAAGAUGUUCGAUAUUAAGGCUUGGGCCGAGUACAUUGUGGAGUGGGCUGCCAAGGACCCCUACGGCUUUCUCACCACCGUGAUCUUGGCUCUGACGCCGCUGUUUGUCAUCAGCGCGGCGCUGUCAUGGAAGCUUGCAAAAAUGAUUGAGGCCCGGGAACGAGAGGUGAAGAAGAAACAGAAACGCCAGGAGAACAUUGCAAAGGCCAAACGAACAAAGAAGGAUUAAAUGGGCAAAAAUGGCCUUCCUUGUGCAAAUAAUCCACUUUUAAAAUGAAAUACUUGUACAUUUUGUGUUGCAACUGUCCUUUGAUACUUGAUCCUGUUAUUUCUUGAAGUAUGAAAUUUAAUACUUCCAGUGUAAUUUUUUCCUGCUGAUUUGUGUUAAAAUUUGCCCAAGUGACACUUGUUAGAGUAAUUAAAUUUACUACUUGUAUUCUAGUGCAGGUUGCUUUUCUAAAUUUGCAUGUUAAAUUAAAAAAAUAACUUCUUGGA